UUCAUGUCCAAACGCUCCAUAUUACUUUGACCUUAGUCACCUUAGUGCCGUCAUUAUUAAAAGUACAAAAGGCAUAGCCGUAAGUCCAACUCAUAAAUAGCUCAAGUCUCAAGUCUCAACUUAGCUUGACCGAAAGCUGACCGGGGACGAUGAGUAAUCAACCGUUAAACACUCUCCGGCCAAACGAAACCCUAGAACUGGAAAGCGGAUUAUCUCUAAUCCCUCGAAUUAAGCUCCUCUUAACAAUCUACCGUGCUGACAAAUCCGUUUCUCCAAUCGAUGAAUGGAAGUUCAAGCGAUCAUUAAUCGAUUACGUCAAAUCCAGAUUCUCGAUCUCCAUUCCUGAAGAAGACCUCGAAAUCCGUAAAUUCAAAGACCUUAACAAGCGCAAGCGCGUGGAACCUGUAGCGCGUGGUCGCCUUUUUGUUCACGACUUAGGGUUUCUAUCUAAGGUGAUUGGUGAAACUGAAACUGUGGAUGAUGUGGAGAUAGCUGAUAAGAAGUUUGUAGAAUGGAGGAAGGGUUUUGUGGAGAAAUUGGAUGGGAUUGAGUUGAAUUUGGAAGGUGUGAAGUUUAAGUUGAAUGUGGAAGUGCCGGUGAGUGAUGAUUUUGAAGGAAUAAAGAAGAAGUGGGAAGAGAUUAUUGCUUUUGGUGCUCGUGGAUAUCAGAGGAGUGGAAGGAUGCAGCCAGAUACGAUCAUCUUGAAAGGUAUGCCAUCACGAUGGUUUGCAGAGACGAGGGUCUCUUCUAAGCCCUCAAUGCUGGUUACUCACACAAUUAUUUCUGCGCUUGGAAAGAUAAGGAAUCUUCAUGUUGCUGAGGACAAUGGUAUAGGUGACGAUGCAGAUGAAGGAGACAUAGUUUCUGGUCUUCAUUGUAAGAUUGUAGUGCGGUUUGAGACGCACAAGGACUUCUUUGACGCCUUGAAGGUUUUGUGUGGUCGCUCAUUACAAAAGCAAGGAUCACGACUCAGAGCUGAUUAUGACGUGACUUGGGAUAAGGAUGGAUUCUUCCAAGAUGCCAGACAUCAAAUAGAAGAAAGAAAGAGAAUGCCAGGAAGAGGAGUAGAAGAAAGAGAUGAAGGUCAUAGGCAGCGGUCGCGAGUCUCUCAAUUUAGUUCUGAGGAAGGACGGCGAAAGAGAUUCAAGGAAUAGGGGCAGGAGCGUUUUUGUUUAUCACCUUUGGAGAGUUCCCCCGAUCAAGCAGAGACCUGAAGAUGAUAUGUAAUUUUUAAAGGGUCGAGAAAUGAUAAAUUAUCUGAUUCUGUUAUGUGGCUCCAUUUUAACAGGUAUAUGUUCCUUCUACAGAGCCCAAUCUGUACCUUCUUCUGAUUAAAUCAAUGUGUCGACUUAAUUUGUUCUUUGAAAAA